GUCUGGUCCUCUUCGUCCAUUGUCGUCGUCAUCGACAGCCGUCGUGAAAACAUGUGACUUCCAGCCUUGCGGAAUCGCAGUCUAGGCCCAAGACAUGCAAGCGCGGGAAAUCCCCAAGCCCAUCCAGGCUCUGGGCACCCAGUAGCGGCUGCUGCCCCUCGUACGUCACAAAUACACAAUCAGGCAGUCGAGUUGGUACAUACAUUUUGCCCGCGCUCCUGGUCGCGUCCACUUUUCACCAUAAUCCCUCCAGAAAUGAUCACCAGCCUUAUCGUCCAUUGACGAUCCCAUCACCCGCUGGCCAUGUCGUCGUGUUUGGGACGGCGCAAAGCGCGCGCCGAGGACGAGGAGAAUGCACCGCUGAUUCCGCAAUAUCGCGAUGACACCAUGCUUCAGCGGGAGCUGCACCAGAAGCUCCAUACCUAUCAGAUGCUCCGAGCUCUCGGCCAGGGCUACAUGCCGUCGAACGAGCAGCUCGUCGUCCAUCUACGCACCUUGCUUGCCGCCGACAUCUUGAAUCCGGAUCUGCCCAAUCUGAGCGACUCCGGCCGCCUUCUCGUCAGGUACGCCAAGCAGUUGCUCGGCCAGUUCAUGCAGCUGCUGCAGAACAAGAACGGCAACGAUCAGAUCCAGGACUUCCUCUGGUAUCUCUCCAAGGCGAAAGUGUCGGUCGACGUAGACGACAUCGCCCAACGCGCCUCCAGGGCGAAGAGCAAGGCCGAUACAGCUGCAGCGUAUCGUAGCUUGCAGACCGUUGGCUCCCUGCUGCUCACCAAUUCGGACUUUCGCUUAUUCCUGUCGGACCUGAACGUGGUCGCGCGAGAGGUGUUCAAAGACACUGCCUUUGCACUCUCCGGGGCUGCGGAAGAAGCAGGAAAGAAACUCGAACCGUCGGAAGACGAACAGCAGAAGCUUAAACAACCCGGAGGCGAUGAUGGACCGCGGCCGUCAGGUGACGAGCUUGGCAAGGCAAGUGCCGAGGUUGCAGACGUCGUCCUGAACGGUGCUUCGCAGGUCGCUGAGCAGGCCAAGGAGAGCGUGGCCGACAAGCUGAGUGGGGAUGAAGGACGCACGCUGCUGCACAGGCUCAAGCAGGCCGUGUUGAAGCUUCGCCAGCGACAGGACUAUUCCGACUCCGUCUCGACCAUCUCGCUGCUGAUCAAACGCUACGCGCAGGUGUACUCCCGGGCCGUUCAGGAGACGGUCGAGACGGCAGAGGAGGAUGUCCACGAGAACGCCGCAACAGAUCGGGCCAUCAAGAACUUGUAUUCCUUUGUUCGGUCCUUUGGCGACGCCAAGCAGUGGGACGAACUCGAGAGCAGGUUCAAGCAGUUGCUGAGUCACAAGGACAGCGACCCCGAAUUCGAGAAGUUCAUGAACGAUGUUGGAACUUCCAUCGAGAAGCUGCUGACGGAGCCGGCCUUCUUUGACCAGGCGGAGGAGAAGUUCGAGGAGCUCAAGCAGAAGUCAAAGGAGAUCGGUUCCGACUCGACACUGCGCCAGGAUGCCGACGCUUUCCUGGAACAGUGUCAACGUACGCUGUCGGCGGUGUUGCAGGACAAAGACGUAGCCAAUCUGAUCCGCACCAGUCAACGCAUCAUCGCCGUCCUGUCUCCCAAAGGCGCAUACGUGAACGGCGAACUGAUACAGGAUGCGAUCGACGUCUUCCUCCCGCUCGCUGUCCAAGCGAUCCAGUACGUGCCCAUACCUCGCCUCGAAAUCUCAACGCCGGAGCUCGACCUGCUUCUGGAGAACCUGAUCAUCGAGCCGGGAAGGACCGUCAACCAGUCGUCCUUCUUCCCUUACAGGAUCCGCGUCGAGACGUACAACGACUUGGAGAUCCGCAAGGCCCGGUUCCGGACGACGUCCAAGGUCAGCUCGACUAUGACCAUCAAGAUCGACGGGCUGAGUGCGCGCGCUGACGAGAUCGGCUUCUGGCUCCGCGCUCACAAGGGCCUCCUCCGGCUCGCCGACGAGGGCAUCGCCAGCUUCCAGCUCGACGAGCGUGGCGUCGACGUCCACUUGGACGUCGAGAUCUGCAAGGACAAGCUGGAGAAGAUGGUCAGCCUCAAGGCCGUCCGCGUGCACGUUCACAAGCUCAACUACCAGAUGCGCCGGAGCAAGUUCUCCCUCUUCGGCUGGCUGCUGAAGCCGCUGCUGCGGCCGCUCGUGCGCAAGGUCGUGGAGAGGCAGCUCGCCGCCGCCAUCGCGGACGCCAUCCACGCCGCCAACCGCGAGCUCCUCUACGCCAGGGAGAGGCUGCGCGCCACCCGCAUCGCCAACCCGCACGACCUGCGCACCUUCUUCAAGGCCGUCGCUGCCCGGCUCGCCCCGGAGGACGACCCGGACGUGUACACCCGCCUCGGCGUCUCCCAGCCGGGCAGGGGCGUCUUCAAGGGCGUAUACGCGCCCGGCAGCAUCGUCAAGCUGUGGAACGAGGAGGCCGCCCAGGCCGCAGAGCGCGUCGAGGCGUUCCGCGAAGACGGCUGGAGAAACGAGAUCUUCGACGUGCACGCGAGGUACAUGGCUUGAACCUGGCGUUUACCAACUCACGACGUCGAACAAAGGGUAACAUGAUUCAGGGGGGACUUGGCCUUGUUCGUUCUUUCUUUUUGUCCGUCCGCUCCUCUUUUCUCUCUCUCUUUGAUAUGCAAGAUAUCGGAACCUGUACAUACACGUGUAGUAACAAGUAAUAAAAACCAGUUCAGGCUCUUUUUUCUUUUAAUAAAAAAAA